AUGUCUGACGAAGGUGCUCCGUCUGCUGCUACUGCGGAAAAAGCAGCGCCGCCUUCAAUACCCCGCUAUUUCCGGAACGAUGCACCGCUCGCGCGACGAGACCCUCACAAACAGCUACUAGCGUCUUUGGACCGGCUGAUCACCGACUACCCUCCGCACCACAUCCCCCCAGGCGGAGGCUUGUACUAUGGUCCCAUCUCGGUUGCCUUCCUCUUCUAUGCCUUGCACGACCUCUACCCGGACUUGAAACUGGACGGCUAUCCCUUGAAUACUUGGUCGGCAGCCUACAUUGAACAGGCCCAGACUCACAUCAAGGAAUUCCCGCCACCAUCUCCCAAGAAAUGCGGCGUCUCAAACGACAUCAUGUCGCUUCUUGCGCUGUACGCCAUUACAGCAAAAGACCCAGACACUGUCAAGGAACUCUGUGAUCACGCGGCAGUCAUGCUUGAGGACGGUACUUCCAACGAGUGGCUCUAUGGCCGUGCAGGCUACCUGUACCUUCUCCGACUGGUCCGCAAGGCCUUUACCGACAACAAGGAAAUCACCGAACUCAUCGAGGACACCGCGGAUGAAAUUAUCGAAAACAUCAUGGAUAGCCCGCGUCCUUGGAAAUGGCACGGCAAGGCGUACGUUGGUGCUGUUCACGGGGCCAUCGGCAUCAUUACACAGAUUGUCCUCACUGAUCCUGCAUGGGCACCCAAACUGGAUGCCGAGCUAGGCGCCUUGCUGAGUUAUCAGUACGAAAGUGGAAACUUUCCGUCAUCGCUGCCACCGGGGCGCGAUAGGCUCGUACAAGUUUGCCAUGGAGCGCCUGGUGUCGUUACUUCGCUUCUCUCAAUCCGAAAAUAUUUCCCUGGACUGCAUGACCGGAUUGACAGGGUCGUUGCCAAGGCGAGAGAAUGCAUCUGGGAACGAGGUCUUCUAACAAAGGAGCCUUGUAUCUGCCACGGCAUCACAGGAAAUGCUCUUGCGUUGGAUGGCAAACAGUUUGAACACUUUAUGACUUAUACCACCGGCCACGAAAUCAAGUCCAUGGCAAAAGACGGCAUGCUUGAGAAGUCUGAUGAUCCAUCAGCCCUAUGGUGUGGUGAAGCUGGUCGUGCUUGGGCUUGGGCGGUUGCGGACAUGAACCUGGAUAAGCGGCUGCUUGGUUACAACGAUAUUUAA